AUGUCAGUGUCAUCAUCGUCUAACGUCGACGGGGAACAGCACCAGUUUUCUCUCACAUCCACGGCGCGGAAGACGGUCAGGUCACCCUUCGAACUCGCCGUCAUACCGGCCAUUCAGAUCUCCACUGAGACCCAGGCAUCAUGUCACUUCGUCUCCAAUUUCGUGCUCAUCCCCCGCCAGGGAACGACGAGAGGAUUUAUGGACUAUCUGAUUCCACUCAUGAAAACCGAGACGUUAUCUUCGGCACCACAUCUGCAGUUUGCUUUCAAUGCGUGUGCACUGGCUUCGCUGGGAAACAGAGUCAAGAGCGACGGGAUCGACUUCGCGGCGAGCGCACAUGGGGAGUAUGCGAAAGCGUUGAGAGCCACUCAGGCCGCGUUGAUGGAUCCGGUCAAGUACACGUCUGAUUCGGUCUUGGCUACGGUGUUGCUGUUGGGUAUGUUCGAGAACAUCACGGCAAAGAAGCUGGGCGAGUUUGCGUGGGGCUCCCAUAUCGAAGGAGCCAUUCAGCUUGUCAAGGCGCGAGGAAAGAAACAACUCAAGACGCAGACCGGAUUACAGUUGUUCAUCGCCGUGCGGACACAACAGAUAAUCCACGCUUUAACUUCCGGUAGCCCUCCGAUAAUGGGCGUCGACUGGUGGCUCGACAACGCCGUCAACGACUCGUACGCCGCCCACUGCCAGCGUCUCAACCUUCAAACCAGCGAGCUCCGCGCCGAAGUAACCCACAUCAUGACCCACGGGACCACAACCGCCGCAAGCCCGUCCUCCCCUUCCUCUCCUCACUCUUCGCCAUCAAUAUCCUACGAAGAAAGAACCGCCAAGAUCCUCUCCCUCAUGCGCCGCUCCCAGGAGCUCGACCGCGCCAUAGUCGACUGGAUGGCCUCCCUCCCAUCGCACUGGCGCUACCGCACCCUGUGCUGGCAGGACUACGUCGCCAACACCGACUACGCGCACGCCGAGGUCUUUCCCGGCAGGGUGGACGUGUACAGCGACGUCUGGAUUGCGUCCAUGUGGAACAUGGGGCGCGUCACCCGCUUGAUCCUUGCCAGCAUCACGGUCCGCUGCGCCGCGUGGGCGUGCAGUCCCGUUGACUACAGGACGACGCCCGAGUAUGCGCAUAGUGCGCGGGUGUGUGCCGAGGUUAUCAGUGAUGUGCUGGCGAGCGUGCCGUAUCAUUUGGGGUGGCAUUAUCGGACGAGAAGCAAGAGGAGGGGGGGGAGACAAGGUCAAGGCCAAGGUCGUGGGAAUAGGAGGAGGAACUGGGAUCAUACAGAUGAUGAGGAUGAGGAUGGUGAGGAGGAUGAUCAUAAUCAUGAUGAUAAUAAUGGGGAAGAUGGACUGGACGAGGAACAGCUGUCUGGAUUCGGAUGUGGUGAAGAUGAACAGGGGGCAAAGGGACUAGCUGGCUAUUUCCUGACGUGGCCGUUGGCGUGUGUGAUGGGCCAGGAUUAUCUGACGGAGGAUCAGAGGACGUGGCUUCAAGUCCGCAUCCCAUCAAUGCUCAUCCGCCGCGACGGUCUCAUGGCCCAACCAUACCCCAACGCCCAAGAUUUCGAACGUCUACUCUCCUCGGCAAGGAAGUCACCCCCGGUUAUGUCUGGAUACUCGCUCAAUCCAAUACAGGAGAGAGAGAGGAUGCAGAUGGAGUUCAUGGAGUUGAAGAAGAAAGAAUUGCUGGCCAAAGCGACCGGUGCAGCAGGGAAGGAGGGACGAUACGAUGAGACCGGCACGAAUAGGUCAGAUCGAAUAGGGAACAGUGGCGCCAACAGCGAGGAGAGACGGGAGGAUCAGGAGAAGGUCAUGGUUGUUGCGAGGAAGUGGCUCACUGUUUGA